CUUCUCCAUAGCUUCCAGCUCUCGCCCUACCCCAAAACACUACUUUGACCUACCAACUUUUGCCAAUUUGCCCCAGAACAAUACCAUGUCUACAAGAAAGAGGAAGAACGAAGAGGAGGAGCUUGUCGCCCUCCCAAGUGACGAGAGUGAUGAGGAAGAAGAAUACGCCGAAUCUGAAGGCUCAAACUUCAAUUCCGACGACUCUGACGCCGAAGAGCCCCCACCCAAGAAGAAGACCAAGCGCACCAAGCCCAAAGACGAUGAGGAUGACGAAGACGAGGAGGAGGAAGACGAUGUAAGCGACGAUGAUGAUGACGAUGCCGCGGUGCCUGAGGAAGAUGACGAUGACGAUGAGGACGCCAAUCCCAAAGCCAAGAAACCAGCUGGCGCAGAGAAAGAUCGGAAAGUCAAGACGACAGGCAAGGCUGAUCCCGUACCUGUGGUCGACGAUGAUGACGACGACGAGUAGAGAUGUAAUGCCAACAUGCGUAGUAGCCAUAUAGCAACCCUGGCUGGCGAGAUAGAAUGU